CUGGGAUUUCUUCUGGGAUUCCACUUGGAACAAUUUUUGUGAAAACACUGACUGGUAAAAUGCUAACUCUAACAGUAGACUCGUCUGAUACUGUUGGCAAUGUUAAACAGAAGAUCCUGGAUAAAGAAGGCAUCCCUCUUGACAAACAGUGUUUGAUUUUUGCUGGCCGGCAAUUGGAAGAUGGGUAUACUCUGUUGGAUUAUAAUAUUCAAAAUAAUUCCACAUUACACCUUGUACUCAGAUUAGGAUAUACUAAGGAAUUUGUGCCUUAUUCUGAAAUUAUUUUGGGAAUGUGCAUCUAUGUGAAAACACUGACUGGUAAAACGAUAACUUUAUGCACAGACUCAUCUGAUACUGUUGGCGAUAUUAAACAGAAGAUCCUGGAUAAAGAAGGCAUCCCUCUUGACCAACAGCGUCUGGUUUUUGCUGGUGGGCAAUUGGAAGAUGGGCAUACUCUGGCAGACUAUGGUAUUCGAAAAGAGUCCACAUUGCAUCUUAUACUUAGACUACGUGGUGGGAUGCUUCAAGAAACCAGUGGCCGUAAAGAAUUUGAUGCAUUGCCCCCACUCACACCGUAUACGCAAACACGUGAAGAACUUUUACAAUGUGGGGUUCAUGUUG